UUCUGUAGCUUCAUUGCAUGAGAAAGAAAUUACGAUAGUAAGGCAUAAUAGUAUGGCAAAAGCAGGCCUAGUGGCGACUCAUGGGAGUAACUGCAUAUUUUCAUUGUUAUUUGCCAUGAUAUAUAACCAGAAACUGUUGUUUAUAUGCUCAAGCAUUUACAGUGUCUGCUCAAUCGCAGUUGUGCUGUUAUUGUUCAUGCAACAGAGCAGUAAACAGCACUUUAAACCUAUAAACUUCCAUCAAUAUGCGAAGUACUCGGAUCAACAUAGCACUAGUAAUGAAAUUUGUCCAGUAUAUUCGGAAGGAUUGAUAGGGAAACUCGAAGUCAAUUCAUCUUUUGUACCAACGGAGGAUGCAGCCAUAAAAGAGGCGGGUGAGCGCGUUAUAAAUGGGUGUUACGAACCGAAAGAUUGCUAUUCCAAUCAGACGGUGGCUAUAAUAGUGCCGUACAAAAAUCGACAUCAGGAUCUCAUAACGCUUCUGCAUCACUUGCAUCCAAUUUUGCAAAGACAAUCGUUGAAAUAUUGUGUGUUUGUAUCCGAACAAUACGACGAUGGAGCAUUUAACAAAGGUCGUAUAAUGAACGCGGGAGUUUUGGAAAUUUUACAUGAAGCGAGAUACGAUUUUGACUGUCUUGUAUUCCAUGAUGUCGAUAUGCUACUCGAAGAUGAUCGAAACCUGUACAUCUGCGGUAAUGCACCACGUCACUUGUGCCCCGCCAUUGAUAAAUUCAACUAUAAAGUAGCGUACGGAACGGGAUUUGGUGGCGUGGGAUCGAUUAAAGUCAAUCAAUACAGGCUAGUAAACGGCCAUAGUAACAGAUUUUACGGUUGGGGUGGCGAAGACAGUGAUAUCGAAUUCAGGUUUAAACUGAAAGGGUUAAAAUCAGAAUCUAACGAUCCACAAUUCGGUCGUUAUAAAAUGAUACCACAUGAACAUCCUUGGCAAUUUGACCCCAAAAGUGGUAUUGGAAGCCAUUUGCAAGCAAAGAAUACAAAACAAUUUGAUUGGGUAAAAAUAGUAUUCCCACGAUCUGAUCCUAGUGGUAUGAACAACAUGAAAUACGUCGUAAAGAAUAUUUCUAAACAUAAACUGUACACAAAGAUAAAUGUUGACAUUAGAAUAUUUGUGGUCAAUAAAGCAUCCGUUAGAUUCGUUGGAAACUCUAAUGAAGUGAUAGUAGAAAACCCAUUUAUAACGAAUGAUAGAUUAGACAACGAAAAAGAGAAUUUUCGCAUUCGAGGAUAUGGUCUGGAUGCCGGAGACCAAUAUCCUAACCAUGAAUGCACGUACAAACAUUUUGAAGGGAAAACUGUCAACUUGACAUUAGGUCAAAAAGUUAGUGGUACAUACGACAUCCAAUACCUCAAUCUAGAAGAAGCCAAGUCAAAAUGCUCAAAUUUACAACGGUAUUGCGGAUCUAUUGUGGAAACGUCUUCUGGUGUGUAUUUUCUACGCUCUUCCUCUAAUCUACAUGAAAAUAUUCUAAAAUAUAAAUUAGGUCGUCAUCGCCAAAGGAUAUUUAUUGAAAAACAUGAAGACAUUUCGGUUUACGUUAAAAUUUGUUCAAGGGAUAUUCGUUAUUUACAAAUAUUUGAAGCACCUGUGAUAUUACAGGAUGAAUUUCCAUUGAAAUCGAUCGAACACCAAGCUGAGGUUGAACUUCUUGUGUAUAAUUUUGAAGACGUCAAAUUAAGUUACUCGGUUUCGGUGUAUACAGCACACAAUGCAAUCCUGAAAGAGAGGGAGGAAGUGUUUAACACGUCACUUGGAAUAUAUGAUUCUUUGAUGUUUACAUAUUCACGUUCAGUGGAAUUCUUUAGCUUGAGUGCAUCAAAUAAGUCUGAAGUCGUGAUAGAAAAAUCUAAAUUUAAUAGAGAGACGUUAAUAGAAAAGCGGAAAAGUUUUCGAAUCAAAACACCAAAAAUGAAGCUGCUUCUCUAUCCAGGCUGCUAUGUUUGCGAAAGCGUUAUAAAAGAUCAAUUUGGCAGUCCACAUAUGAAAUGGAAGUGGUGGUUUGAGAUUAGAGGAGCAACUCCGGAUAUGGAAAUCAAACUACUAAAAGAGCACUUGCGCGUCUCCAGAGUAGGGAGUACAGAAUUCACAGAAAUACUAACUAAAAGAUUGUUUCAAAAAUUUCCUUUAUUAUACCGGUCUCAACUGGAGGACUCUGCUGUUACGAAUAUGAUUCAACAUCACCAAAAUGAACUAAUGCUUGAAAACUGGAAAAAGACUACUUUGUCAGGUAAUGGUGCUGCUAAACGCGGGAAAUCGGGGUGAGGCACUCUGACAAUGUAGAGUAGACAAUCAAGUGGUGGGAUUCAAUCUGUUGGUUGGACAACGACUGCAUCCAUCAGAAAACGACCGCAAAUAAUAUGACAUCCUCGCAAACACUUGCCAUUUCCUAGUAGUGAAGAUUGAGUUCUAGUUGAUUUUUUUUUAUAUAACUAUAAUUAUGUGCAAAUGUAAAAAAAUCAUUUAAUGAUGUCGCGAGAUAACGAUUUAACGAGAUCCCGUUGUACUAAUCAAAUCGUUUUGGAAAUCUUUUUCAGAAUUUGUCAAAAAUGAGCAUCUUCUGCAAAUAUAAAGAAUGGAAAACAAGUUGUGAAAUAAGUCACUAAAAUUUUAUGAAAAUUAUAACAUUGGAGUUCACGGCAAUGAUAUAAGCGGCUUUAUGCCGCGACUGAUCUACUUUUGUGCAACGAGUUGCACUGGAUACAGUUGUGUACUUGUUAUACAAGUAAUACUUUUCUUUAAAGAUGGACAGUUUGGAAAAAAAGAUUGAAGUCUUAAAAAAAUUGCAUCAUAUUUUUGGUGCAAAAAUAUCUAAAACUCGAUUAAAAUUUUUUAUGCCAGAUUAUGGAACAUGCCCCCUGAUACGUUUAUAGCAUAUACACAUCAGGAAUAUUUCUAUAAACAUGCAUUUAAAAUCUAAUAUCUCAAAGCUUAUCGUUGAAAUUAGUUAGGGAACACAUUUGCACCAAGUAUAUAAUCUUGUAGUACAUACUUUCCAUACAAAUUCACGUUUUCCAUGGUUGCUUUAACUUGAAAGUUGGAUCUUGAUUUGUUCUUGCAUGUGGUAUAUUGCUUUGUCUUGUCAUUUUUCUCUGCAUUUGCCUUGUGUUUUGCAGAUUUCACACUCUUAUACCAUUUUUAUUGAGUCAGUAGUCUUUUUUACUUCUAGCAACAGAAAAAUAUUGAUCCAAUAUCAAUUGUCGCCGUCACAAGCUCGUUGCGGGUUGCGCCAUUUUGGCUCACACAUUAUGCUUAGUCAAAUAAGUCAUAUUACUUUUACCGCAUCCGUAUUCAUUGAGGAAUAUCCUUAACAUAAACCAGUGCGUUGUCUAUUAUCCCAUAAAUCAUUGUGAUUCACCUCAUUACCGUAGUUUAUUUGGAAUCUGUUGUUGUUGUUGUUUUUAUAAAUAUGUAUUUUCAAUUGACGUUUCCAUGUUGCGUUGUUCAUUUGCCAUAUUUGCUGCUGUAAUUCAGCAACAAGGUGUUGCUGAGUAGAAUACUCGCCAAACCUUUCGCGACCCCUCGUCGACUGAUAUGAGCAAAUGUUACUUUUCGUAAACUUAAUAAAUGUACUUUAUAUAUUUAUUUCAUUAUAUAGCAUAUUGUUUUUUUCACGGUGAAAAUAUAUGCCUGAAUUUGAAUUAAAGGAAUAUCUGAUAGUUCUAGUAAGACUGGAACAGCACACUGCCAUCAUAGAUACAGCAGAAAACUACACAAUUUAGUCAUUUUUGAAUCCGUUCACAUUAUUAAAAUAUUCCCGAAACUACACAAAACCCGAUUUUUAAUCUUGUGUAAAUGUUUAAUUUUUGUUUCCUUUAGUUUAUAUUUCAACAAGAUUUUUUUUGGUAAUUUAUAUCAUUUUUUCGGAAUGUCAAUGAAAAGAAUAUUUAUGCAAUUUUUUUUCUGAAGAUCCUUAUCAGAAAUCAUGCUAUGAUCCGUCUAUUGAAACGCCUUUUUUAACACUCCAAAUUGAGAACACAUAGUGCCUGUUAGAAAAAAUCUUUUCCAACCCUCGAUUCGAAGGUGGAGAAAGUUUGUCUACGGAAACAUUUUGCAUUUCUAUGGCCUUUAGAUCAGUUGAAAAUUUCGACUCUGAUUGCAUAUUUUUAGGAUUAUAAAAUUUUGAAAACCGAA